AUGUCUGAUAUCGAUAAGGUAGCACAGUUGCUUGCCAAGUCUCUUCAGUCGAGGACGGCAAAGGAGGCUGAAGUGGGACUAAAGAGUCUCGAGACUCAGCAGGGCUUUCCACUUACUUUCCUUCAUAUUGUUGCCUCGGACAAGGCUGACAUUAGUGUGCGUCUUGCUGCUGCUUUGUACUUUAAGAACCUAGUGAAGCGGAAAUGGAUUGUUGAAUCAGGCCAGUAUCAACUUCAUACCCAAGAUGUUCAAAUGAUCAAGCAGGAGAUUGUUGAUCUGAUGAUUCAACUACCGGAUCAUCUCCAGGUGCAGAUUGGUGAGGCAAUUUCUUUGAUAGCCGAAUCCGAAUUUCCUCAAUUGUGGCCCGAAUUACUUGACUUGCUUGUUUCCAAGUUGAAUCCUGAUGAUAUGAUCACCAAUAAAGGAAUCUUGAAGGUGGCACACUCUAUCUUCAAGCGCUGGAGACCAUUGUUCCGUUCGGACGAUCUUUUUAGAGAGAUCAAGUUCGUCUUGGACAAGUUUGCACAACCUUUUCUGGAUCUGCUUAUUCGUGUUGACCAGCUGAUUGAUCAAACCAGUCAAGGACCUGUGGAGAAAUUGUCACUUUUAUUUGAAAACAUGCUCCUAUUGAUUAAAGUAUACUACGACUUGAAUUGCCAGGAUAUUCCAGAAUUCUUUGAGGAUCACUUGAAGCAAGGAAUGACUGUCAUUCAUAAGUAUUUGAAGUACAACAACGGACUACUUGAGGAUUCUACAGAAGAUGAAGAAAUAGACCCAGUCACCAAUGUUAAAAUUAGCAUUUGCGAGUUGAUUCAAUUGUAUACCACUAGAUAUGAAGAAGAAUUCCACGAUUUCAUUCCUUCUUUCAUUCAAACCGUUUGGGAUCUGUUGAAUACCAUCACCUUGCAACCCAAAUAUGAUAUUCUUGCCUCGAAAGGCUUGAGAUUCUUAACUGCCAUUGCAUCCGCACCAACUUACGCUCCUACCAUUAAUAACGAAGAAGCCUUGAAGCAGAUUACCGAGAAGAUCAUUUUACAAAAUGUCACUCUUCGAGAAUCAGACGAAGAAAUGUUUGAAGAUGACCCAAUUGAAUACACUAGAAGAGAUUUAGAAGGCUCCGAUUCAGACACUAGAAGACGUGCAGCUACGGAAUUUUUGAGAGCUUUAAAAGAGAAUAACGAGAAGGUAGUGACUCAGGUCAUCAUGUCUUAUGUGAACAAUUACUUGCAGCAGUUUCAAGCGGACCAAUCUCAUUGGAAGGCUAAGGACAUCGCUAUCUACUUGUUUAGUGCCAUUGCCUCCAAGGGUUCUAUGACAAAUGCGGGUGUCACCGUCACUAAUAUUCUUGUCGACGUGGUGCAAUUCUUCACCGCUUAUGUGGCACCGGAUUUGGUCAAUAAAGCUGCACAUCCUAUUUUGAAAGUGGAUGCAAUCAAAUAUAUUUUCAUCUUCAGAAACCAAUUGACUAAGCAGCAGUUGAAUGAGACUUUCCCAUUACUUUCAGCGCACUUUGAGGACAACAACUACGUCGUUUACACAUACACAGCCAUAACUGUGGAGAAAAUUCUUUCUUUAAGGGAUCCUUCCAACCAUCAACAGUUGCUCUUCAAUAAAAAUGAUAUUCCCUCCAAUAUUUCCAAGGGUUUGUUGAUGAAUCUAUUUUCUUUAAUGUUUAAGAAAGGAGAUACACCGGAGAAAUUGGCCGAGAACGAGUUCUUGAUGAAGUGCGUAAUGAGGGUUCUUUUAACAGCUGAAGAUUCCUUACAGGAUGCUACCUCUGAUCUAUUACAACAGUUGCUGAAGGUGAUCCAGAUCAUCAGCAAGAAUCCUUCUAAUCCGAAAUUUUCUCACUAUACGUUUGAAUCGGUCUGUGUCAUCAUAAAAUCCAAUCGAACGAAUGUGGAUAACUACUUCCAGAUUAUCAAGCCAACCAUGUUGGGUAUCCUUUCCCAGGAAAUACAGGAGUUUAUCCCUUAUUCGUUUCAAAUCUUAGCGUUCUGUCUCGAAAUAUAUCCACCUGGUAAGCCAGUGCCUGAGGAGUAUUCGCAGUUAGUGAAACCACUUUGCUCUCCUGCUGUUUGGGAGUCCAGAGGUAAUACUCCUGCUAUAGCUCGACUUUUAUCCGCAAUAGUUAAAUAUGUACCCUCGUUGUUCUUUAGUGGAGAACAUUUGACGCCGAUCUUGGGUGUUUUCCAAAAGCUCAUCUCUUCGAAAGUGAACGAUCACUUAGGCUUCGAACUUAUGGAAACGAUUCUUCUCUCCAUUGACAUCCAAUACCUUGAACAAUAUUUAAAGCAGAUUGGAAUCAUCAUCAUGUCUCGUCUCCAAAAUUUUCGUACCGAGAAGUUUGUUAAGAGAUUUAUAGUCUUUCUUUGUUGGAUCUGCUGCCUUCCAUCUUCAAGGGAUAUGGAGAACAAAAACCAUUUGAAUUCACAAUUUGUCAUCAAUUUCAUUGAUAAUAUACAACAGGGGUUGUUUGGUCAGGUUCUUGACAACUUUAUCAUCCCUCAUAUUGCUACUUUUAACAAUCUUCAGGAUAAGAAAAUCCUUAUUGUUGGUCUGACAAACCUGUUGGUUGAGAAUUCAUCCUCGUUGGACAAUCAGAAAUUCAUCAAUGCUCUAAAAGAGACGUUAAAAUUAUUAGUUUCUGAUAGUAUCAAAAACUACAUGAACAUCGACGAGAACAUGGAGUUAUUGAUGGAUUUAGAUAAUGAGGAUAUGACGUUUGGAUCCAGCUACAACCAGCUUAACAUCAUCCAGACAAGACCUUCAGAUCCAGUGAGACAGAUAUCCAACAUGGAUCUGAUCCAGCAAUAUGUGAAGGCCAAAUUAGAAGAUAUGAAUCGUAUUGAUGAGGCAAUUGCAGCACUACAGAGCUAUGGAGAUGCAGACAUAACAGGAGCACUCAAUAGACUCGGGCUGGCCUAA